UCGUGCUUUUCGGUAUUAAAUUUUCGAUAACAUGUUUUGCAGCCAUUGUGGUAGCGAGGUAAAAUCCUGUUUUAAAUUCUGCAUAAAAUGUGGUAAUCCUACAUCCCAGAACUCUGAUGAUCGUUCUUCUAACUGCGAAAUGAUGAAAACUCAUAGCAGCAGAACUGGAUACUUGGGGGCUGAUCAAGGCACAUCUGAUGCUGUAUCUUUCAGAGAAUCUGUUCCAAAGUUGGACACCUUCAUGAAGAAGAAAAAAGAUGAGCGGGUGUCUCAUGUUAAGAGGAAGAACAAGAAGUUAAAGAAUGAAAAGGACAAACCAGUGACAAUAAACAUAGGAAUAAUGCGUUACGUGGAGGAGGAAAGUAUGCUAAAGCCUCAGCGAGGGAAAAGUCUUCCCAUAAGGCUUCCUAAAACAGCAGAUCGUGAGGAGGUACUGAAGUUAGCUGUGGCUAAGCAAUCGCUACAUAACGGAAAUAAAAUUGUCUACAGCUCUGUGAAUUCCUACAAAUUGCUAUACCCAGAUGGAACUGAAGUUAAACGACUAGAAGAAUCUGAUGAGGCAUUUAGUUUACAAGGAUACAAAGCUGAACUGGGAAAACCUUAGAACAGGUUAACAUUGUGUCUUUGAAGUUCUUCAGAUUACCUUGAUUAUGCCUUAAAAGGCCUUGUUGAUGUCAUUUUCAAUGGUAGUGACAGUGAGCGUGAUAGUGAAAAGG